GUUUGGUCAACCAAUGCCCCUGUUAGAGUCUACGAACGGCAAUAGUAUAGUGCUUCUUGGGGAACUAAUGGAUUCGCACACGCGGUGUGUGCACUACCACGACCCCCAGGAUAUUAUUGCCAUCAAGUUCCGGUGCUGUGAGACGUAUUAUCCGUGUUACCAGUGCCACGAGCUGGCUGGCCAUCCCAUUGAAAAAUAUGAUAUGGGCUCGAGCGAGCUUGUGGUGCUCUGUGGCGGGUGUCAGACGGAGUUGACUUUCGCGGAGUACUCGCCGCUUGUGUGUCCGACGUGCGGAGGACAGUUCAAUCCCGGGUGCAAGCUUCACUAUGAUAUUUACUUUACCAACGAGCUGAGAACAGAGAGCUAGCACAAAAGAGAAGGAACAUGGAGAAACUAGGGAUUAUUAGUGGACUACUAUGGAGUCCAAAACAAUGCUUGUGACCUCGAGAUGACUCAAACUAUAAGCUUCCUCUGUGAGCAAUGUGCCCUCAGACCAUGAAUUCUGCUCCGUUUACCCACUCCACCACAUACGAGGACCUCUGGCAGCCUUCCUAUCUACUGUGCUCGCCAUUGAUAUAGCCUGAAUAAAUGACUCUCAAGCCUGACGUCCGCGUCCGGCUUCUACACC